AUGGCCAUGGCUACAGAUUCUACAACCAUGGCCACUGGUUCCACAACCAUUACCGAAGAUCCAGUGGUCACAGACGACACUGCCAUAGUUGUAUCUGACAAUGAGUCCGACGAGUCAUCGUCCGACGAGGAGACGGGCCCAAGACCACAGCUAAGACCCAUGAUCACGGACAGACUUGUGAAGAGCGCUUUCGAGAAAACUCCACUAAGAUUCGUGCCAGAAGGCAAUGUCCAAGAUAUCAUCACAGAAGGCAUGAUUCAGAUAUCCUUAGGUAUAGAUACACCCGUCUCAAAGAGAGAAGGUGAGAUGAUCAAGUUCAUCAAGUCACGUGCUAAGAAGGUGUUUGCCAUUGUGGUAUACAUGAAUGCAGGCGACUGUAUGGACAUAAUGAAGUCAUUGAAAAGGAAGGGCAUCGAUGACGAUUCACUUCCUAUCAAAGACCAGCGGGACUUGGGGAGGAAAGACUGGGCCCCAGACUUCUUCGAGAAACAGUGGCAGUUCAACGCUCCAGUCUUCUCGACCACCAGAUUCAACCAUGACCUGGAGGAAUCUCACAUUCUGCCCUUCAUUACAAAGAAAGUAGACUCACAGAGAGGCUCUUUUGGUGUCGUGUCACAGUAUGUAGUACACCGGAAUCACCUGGACCCCGCACUAUCAGAAGACACUUCCUUUGCAGUGAAAGAGAUACAGGCUAAAGAUGAUGCCGAAGAGGUAGCACAACACUGGGAACAAGAAGUGAGGGCACUUCGUACAAUGAAUCAACUCAACCAAGAUCAUAUCGUCCAUUUUGUCACAGCUUUUCGGCGCCGGAAAGACCAAGGAGAUGAAGAGUACUACUUGAUGUUUGAAUGGGCAGACGGCGGGAACCUUUGCAGUCUUUGGAAAAGGAUGCCUUCUCCCAUUAUGACAGCACACCUCGUCAAAGACGUCAUCAAACAGAUCUUGGGACUCGCGAAAGCACUUGAAGCUGCCCACAACUUGAACAAAACCGGUGCUUCAUAUCGACAUGGUGACCUGAAACCGGAGAACAUUCUUGUCUUCAAUAAUGGAGGAUUAGUAGGAACGUUCAAGAUUGGUGAUUGGGGCGAGGCACGACUGCACGACCAAGCCACAGUGAUGCGUCCUAGCAAAACAGCAGCCAAGUAUGGUACUCGGCGGUACGAAGCCCCAGAAGUAGAGACGGGUAUCAAGUCUCAACGUCUAGGUCACACGACCAAAAAGCGGUCACGUCUAUACGACAUAUGGGCCAUGGGUUGCAUCACCUUGGAGCUCAUCAUUUGGCUGUUGUAUGGGGAACAAGGAGUGAAUAAUUUCCACCUCGAACUAGGAAACGACAGUUUCUACGAGAUUCGUGUGGUCAAUGGAAAGAGAAUUGCUUCGGUACACAGCGUUGUGACACGCUGGAUGGACGUGAUUGCAGAAGACGGUAGAUGCGAAGUCGGCACUACAGCAAUCGGAGAUCUUUUGGAACUUGUGAGGACUGGUCUGCUCGUUGUCAGGCUUCGGGCGAGACUAGGUACGAUGAUUUCAGAAGCCCCCGUGAAACCUCGUCAAGACUCCGCGACUAGUAUUCCGAGUAUGCAGGGCUCUGGUAUUAUGACGUCUGAAAAUUUGACGGUGGAAGAAAACGUAGUGGAGUUCGAUGAGAACCCGGCACCGGGCCUACCUUCAUUCAGCCUGACCCCAGCCCCAGCAGAGACUGUCUCUGCCGAGACUCCCUUGCAGCCUGAACCUGAGCCUGCAGGCGAAAGUCGAUUCCUUGCGGAUGAGUUCCGGAAACGAUUGGAACACAUCGAUGCAGAGGAUGAAGACGAAACUUACUGGUGUGUCGACGGAUCACUUCACUCAAUCCCUGAAAGUCUCUCCGCAUCUCAAUUGAUUGCAUCAAGUUAUGGCACCACGGAUGGAGAUCUUGCUACGUAUACAGCAACUUCGAACUCAGCGAGUCACGGCCUUUCCGCUCCUUACCAAAAGAGAGUAAAGCUUGAUGAAAAUGAUUGGAAGUAUUCAUCUGGCAACAGCGUCGCCUUGGACUUACUUCCAGCGCUCGUAACGAUGGACGCACAUGACCAAAUUCAUCAUGAAGUAGCAGCGGUACUCUGCACAAAUUGUGCAAUAUUUCAAGAACAGGUUCUGAGUCCUGGUUUCUCGAUAUCAUACGACAACCAAGCCCUGAGGACAAGCGCACUCGCCCAAAAAUGCGAUCUGUGUCCCCUGCUUUUGAAUACUGCUAUCAGGCACGGUGAAGCGGCAUCUCAAGUUAUCAAGUUUGACCGCACUGGUCCAUUUUUGACAAUUAAGAGCAGUGGAUAUCCUGUUCUCUCCGUCGUUCGCGAUCCUCGACAGCAGUUACCACCAAGUACUGACGUCCAGGUAGGAUUCGUUGCCCUUCCAGAUGCUGGCAGUGCUGUCCAUCUACAGGUCGUCAAAAAUUGGCUUGACUACUGCGAUCAGAAUCACCAGUGCGCGCCUCAUCUACAGCCCAGAACCAAUGUGAAGUCGCGAUUGCCGACCAGAUUGCUCGAUGUGGGUGUAGAUGGCGACAGCAUGAUCCGCCUUUGGGUGACUGGAGCUGAAGAUACUGGAGAAUGGGUGGCUCUGUCGCAUAGAUGGGGGUCCAGGCAUUUCUCAACCACUAUCGAAACCCUUCAAGCUCACCUUGAUGGUAUGGAUUUGAGCUCUCUGCCAAACACAUUCAAGGACGCUGUGGCAGUCACGCGUGCGUUGGGACGACGGUACCUCUGGAUCGAUUCGCUAUGUGUGAUACAAGGGCCGGGUGGCGACUUUGCAAAAGAGGCUAAACGGAUGGAGGAAGUCUAUAGUGGCGCGUACUGCGUGAUUGCAGCGAGCUGCGCUGAGGACCACUAUUCAGGAUUCCUGAGGCAACGCAAUCCCAGAGAUUAUGUUGGCUUGCGUCGUGAGGGUAAAGAUCAAGCCCCUUUCUACAUUUGCCAGAACAUCGAUGAUUUCAAAAGACAUGUUCUCGAUGGCCAGCUGCACGCUCGUGGGUGGGUACUGCAAGAACAUGCUCUUGCUCGAAGGACGCUGUUCUUUACUGAACAUCAGACAUACUUUGAAUGCGGCGAAGGGGUUCGAUGUGAAACCUCGACAACGCUUAGCAAUAAACUCGCGGCCUUUUUGGGAGAUCCAGAUUUCCCACACAUACUUUCCAGUGCAACUCAAGGAGAAAGGAUUCUUCGCUUUCAGGAGCUCUAUCGCAAGUAUUCACGUCUAGGACUCUCAAAAGCGUACGAUAGACCCACAGCAAUAGAUGGCCUACAACAACGUCUUCUCCGUACAAUGUAUGUCAGGGGUGGGUUUGGAGUCUUCGAUCAGGGAGUGACGCGUGGUCUGCUCCGGCGCAGUCUCUUGUGGCGACGCGGUGUCGACACCAGGAGUCUGACGCGAAUUCACUUCCCCGCCGAAAGCGUUCUACCGACUGUGCCUUCAUGGUCAUGGAUGGCAUACACCGGGGGAAUAGACUACUUGCAGCCAGAUUUUGGAAACUACGAGUGGGAAGACUUACAAUCUCCGUGGUCUACGAAUGCUCCCAACAAUAUCUCCAGCACGGAUGUCAGCAUCGUCAACAUGGCGCUGGUUGCUUCAGCACGGGAAUACGACUCUGGCGCUGCACUAUCGAGCGAGGGUGAGUUGAUCCUCGAUGCUCCGAAUCCAUCUUCGAGGCCGAAAACGCUCUGUGUGGUGUUGGGGAAGGCAAAAGGUAGUCCGUCGCCUGAGACACAAAGGCAUUAUGUUUUGAUUGUCGCAGUGGCAGGACACAAGGGCCGCGCUGGAGAGACGAUAUACGAGCGCGUGGGGGCAGGAUAUCUGCCUGGCAAGUGUAUUUCACCAACAGUGGUUGAUGUCAGGAUCCACUGA